AGGAAAAUACAACCAAAGUCGAGGUGUAAUGGACGUCUGGCUACAUUUCUUGUGAUGCGCACGCUUUUACAAUAAUGUUUUCAGUAUUUUACUACGAAGAAUGAUCAAUAUUGUAUCAUUUAUUAUUUCAGGUGUUCACUAGGCAUUCUGUAUUGUUAUGACAGUUGCAAUUUAAUUUUGGUUGUUGCUGUUUUGCAUAUAGUUUCUCUUUCAGAAACUGUCCCGAAGUAAAUUUCUCAAAUUUGAUAAAAUCCAUGUUUUCAUGUACACGUACAUGUAAGUAUUAUUUGAGUAGUUGUUUGGGUGACUGAAAUAGAUAUUGGGUUGUGAUAGUUUUGUUGAUAGCUGAAGCGUGACCUAGUAACUGAAGUGUAACGAUGGAUAGCUCAGGCAUGUAUGGGCGAUACACGUCCAAAAUGAAACAGAUGAACGAACAGGAGCGAAUUAUCGAGGAGAAAAAGAGAAAGAUUCAGGAGAAGCUGGCAGCAGCACAGAAGAAACUGGUUGAGGGAAACAUCGUUGAAGCCUCCACACCACUCCCAUUGGUGCAAAAGAAAAAGUUUACAGGACGCCUUGGAGCUUUGACAGGAAGGCUUCCAGGUUUUGGAUUGAAGACAGGUCCUUUGCUUAAAUCAACAUCAAGUACGACACAGAUGGGAUCAAAGACUCCCGUUGGUACUCCGUUUGUUAAUGAUGGCAGCUUUCUAGAAAAGUUUAAACAAAUGCAAGCUAUGAAAGGAACUACAGGUUCAACAUCGUUGCCUAAACCAGAAACUGAAAAGAAAUCCAGUCGUCCCAAACUGAGUCCAUUUGUCCCUCUCCCAACAAUGAUGUUUGCGAAGAAGUCGAUGAUAGGAGGGGCUGUUGCAUCUCCCAAAACCCCGGCCACUACCGACACAUCUGGGCUCAUGAGCGGGGAGAGCGACAGUGAAGAAGAUCAGUUUAGUGAGAGACCAACAGAACCAAGUAGAGAAAAGACAAAUACAACCAAAGAACUAGACAUCGAUAGCAAUGACAGGAUUAACAGAGACAGCAUAGAUAUGAGUGAUAGGGGCACAGAUGAGCGAGAUAGGGGUAACAGAGACACGAGUGAAAGGGACACACAUGAGAGAGAUAGGGGUAACAGAGACAGGAUCGAGAGAGACACAAAUGAAAGAAAUAGGGGUAAUAGAGACAGGAGCGAGAGGGACACAAAUGACAGGGACAGGAGUAACAGAGACAGGAACGAGAGGGACACAAAUGAGAGGAAUACAGAGGACAGGGGGAGGACUUACAGGGACAACAGAGAUAGAAAUGAGAGGGACAGAAACAACAGAGACAGAAGUGAGAGGGACAGAAAUGACAGAGUUUGGAGUGACCGAGAAAGAAAUAACCGAGCCUGGAACGAGAGGGACAGAGACGUGAGUGACAGGAAUACUAACGAAAGAGGCAGGAGUUACAGGGACAACAGAGACAGGACUGAAAGGAACAUCAGGGACAGAAGUGACAGAGACAGUAGAGAUAGAGACAACAGAGAAAGGGACAUCAGAGACUGGGGUGAUAGGGGCAGAGACAGGAACUGGAUGGAAAGAGACAGGGAGCCUGGUAGAGGGGAUCAAGUCUCGGACAGGACGAGGGAGAGAGACAAUCCCCAGAGAACAGCCUACGAUCCGUUCUCUCCAACCGAGGACAGUCCAGUCAAAUACCACUGGUCGAAGAAAGAAGAGCCAACUAAUGGGCAGCCAGUACCUCCACCCUGCCCUCCACAGCCAUCGUAUUCCCCACCAAAUGAAACUGAAAUGCAGUGGCAAACAAGCAGACCAUACCCUGAGGACAUUUACAAACCAUGGGACAAGUACAACAACAACAACAGCAGACCAUCGCCGGGUGAUACCUCGAGACCGUCGCCGGGUGAUACCUCGAGACCGUCGCCGGGUGAUACCUCGAGACCGUCGCCGGGUGAUACCUCGAGACCGUCGCCGGGUGAUACCUCGAGACCGUCGCCGGGUGAUACUUCGAGACCCUCACCAGGUGAUACUUCGAGACCCUCACCAGGUGAUACUUCGAGACCCUCAUCAGGUGAUACUUCGAGACCCUCACCAGGUGAUACCUCCAGCCUCUCCCACGACGAUACACCCAGCUCCAGACCAAGUCCCGUCGAGAGAGGACGAUCGGGAAGAAGAUCCGGAAGUUCGACUUCACGAUCCACUCGGUCAUCCAGGAGUCGAAGCUCAUCGAGAGAAAGCAGCUCACGGCGCUCGUCCCGUUCCUCCAGCUCGUACUCCAGACACAGAAGCCGGUCGCCGUGGAAACGGAAUGGUUCCAGUGGCCGGAGCGGAUCUCGGGUGUCGAGCAAGCGUUCGUCGGAUGACGUCAACGACAGUGACAGAAGUGGGCGUGGCAGCGGUAGACGUCGGCAUUACUCCUCCAGUUCCGACAGCAGUUCCUCAAGAUCUCCGUCUACUAGUUCUUCUUCUUCUGUUUCCUCCUCUGAAGAUGAUGAUGACAGCGUGCACUCACCAGUCUCUCCCCCAGAGGGCCCCGCCAUGAGGAAGAUGUGCGACCAUCUUGCCGAGGUGAUUGCUGAUAAGGGCAAGGAGGAGGAAGACCGGAUUCUCGAGGAGAACAAGGGCAAGGCCGUCUUCUGGUUUCUCUAUGACACUACCUGUGAUACUUACAAAUACUUCCGUUGGAGGAUCCACACAAUCAGUCAUGAGAAAAGAACGAUCCAGAAAGCCGAGCGGCGAGAGGAGAGGCGAGCUGGACGGUUGCGAAGAAAACGCAAAAGAGAAAAGGCUAGAGAAAAAAGAAGACGUCGGGCAAAAAGAGAGAAAGACGAAGACGAUGACGAAGAGUCUCUGUCUCGGUCGUCAACCCAAGAAACAGUACGAAAUGAUGAUCAACAACAGACGGAUGAGUUGAGACAGUUAAACACACAGAGAGUUCAGUCUGAGGGGCUGGGUGCGACAGGACAACAACAAGAAAAAAUAAUUGUCAAAUCAGAAGCUGGGUUUAGUGACAGACUCACUGACAGUAGGAAUUCUGAAAGAAAGAGCUUGAAAAAUACUGAAGAUGAUGAAAGGGAAAUGAUUAAGGACAUAAAGAAGGAAAGAACAGAGGGUGAAAUUGGUGAAGAAGAAUCUGGAUAUAACACGUACAAAAAGGAUUUGUCAGAAUAUGGAGGUACUGCAUGUGCUGAAAAGGUAAUACAAUGUGAAAACGAGAAUGCUAAAUAUGGCAGUGAGAUGGACAAAGAUGUCUCUGAAGUUUGUCGUGGUAGCAAGGAGAAAAGUACAGAUGAAAUAUGUGAUGUGAAAAUAAAAACUGAAAGUGUGAAAAGCGAAACAUUUGGAGAUGACAAGUUGGCUGAGAGUGUGUGUUGUAAAGACGAAAGGCUUGGUGUGGAAGACUGUGUCCAAGUGAAGCAAGAAAGUCAAGACCAACAGGAAGGCAAGGACAAACCAGAAGACAACCAGCCUUCAAAGAGUGAAGAAAUUGGGGAGAAAGACGAGAGCGCCACAGCACGAAGGAGGAGAAAGCGAAAGUCUCGCUGGGGUGACUGGCCUGAUGAUGACAAUGCCUCACAAGCAGACGGCGUGACUUCCAUCCCGCCUCCAGGUGUCGUCGCCCCCGUACCCGGUAUGCCUGGCUUUCCGGGGGUUUCCCAGGUCACAGGGAUGUGUGCUGUACCUGGGGUCACCCCUGUACCAGCUGUGUCAUCAGUCCCUGGAAUAGCAACAGGUAUACAGCUCGGUGGCAUUGCUACUGUCACACGGCCUCCCAUGCAAGCAGUUCACCAUUACCCAACAAUGCAAGACUUUGCUCGUAAGAUGGUCGGCAGUGAUGAACUAUCACCGGAACAGCUCAAGCAGAUCAGAGAGCAGAAGGAGAUGAACAUGAUGUACGAGCUGAUCCUGGCCCAGAAGAAGGCGAGCGAGGCGGCCAUGAUGCCGGCGAAGAAGGCGAAGUUCGAGUACGACUCUGACGAGGACACAGAGGGAGGCACCUGGGAACACAAGAAGAGGCUGGCCGAGAUGAGCGCAACACGCGAAUGGGCCGAAAAGUUAACAGAUUCAAAUCGAGGGAAGCAUUUUAUUGGAGAUUUUCUUCCUCCCGAUGAGUUGGAAAGAUUCAUGGAAACUUUCAAGGCUUUGAAAGAAGGCCGGGAACCAGACUACUCGGAGUACAAGGAGUUCAAGCUGACCUGUGAGAACCUCGGAUUUCAAAUGCUGCAAAAACUUGGCUGGAAAGAAGGAGAAGGUCUCGGAACAGAGGGACAGGGCAUCACGGAGCCAGUUAAUAAGGGCCGGACGACAGUGGAAGGCCAUGGUCUGGGAGUGGAGCGGCCGGCAAACCUGGAGGUUGAUGAUGAUGAGUUUGAUGCAUUCAGGAAGAGGAUGAUGCUGGCGUACAGGUUCCGACCCAACCCACUGAAUAAUCCCAGAAGACCAUACUACUGAGCAAACACAACAGAAUACGGAUACCGCAUUGUGAACACCUUCCAAGUCUGUACAUAGUGCUGGCAAAACAUUAAUCAUGUACCAGAAUUUUUUCACAUUAGUACAAUAUUGUUUUGGUGUGUUUUUUGUGAUUCAGUUUUACAAUUAUAGUACAUUUCUUAUAAAAAUUUAUCUUGGGUACCUUUUCUUCAUAACUAAAUUACAUCCCUUGAUGAUAUAUAUAUAUAUUUAUAUAUAUGUGUUUUUUCUUUCUUUCUUUUUUGGGGUGGGACAUAGCCCAGUGGUAAAGUGCUCACUUGAUGCAUAGUUGGUCUAGAAUUGAUGCGUCGGUGGGCCCCAUUGGGCUAUUUCUCGUUCCAACCAGUGCAUCACGAUUGGUAUAUCAAAGGCUGUAGUAUGUGCUAUCCUGAUGCAUAUAAAAGAUCCCUUGCUACUAAUGGA